GUUCGUUCUGUUUGUGUCUUAAUUCAAGAGCUUGGCUGACAACCCCAUCCCUGGAAUAGAUUUUGGGCACAGUGACAGCAACAGUUCCUCCCACACUGUGUGUAAAUGGGGUAUAAAAAGCUACAAUGUGAGUCCUACUCGUUAUACAUCCAAAAUGGAAAAGCCCCACAUCAGGAGAAUAAAGCCUGAUGCUAUUUUAGGCCUUCAGCACAGAUGUGCAAUAAAAACCCCAUGUUUCACAGCCCAACAUUAUUUAUAAAGUAACUCCAUUAAUAACCUGCAGAGCUUGCCAUAAAGCCACUUUGCAUCGUUGAUUUGAACAGAUUGGGCAUGAAAGGAAUAACCAGAAAGCUCAGGUUGAGCUUGACCUUGUGCUGCCCAUCCAGGCAGGAGGGAUGGUGGGUUUAUUUCAGCACAGGUACUGGCUUGGUGCCUGAAAAUAGAAAGGUACCUAAAGCAAAGCCUUUUAUUUAUCUUCAGGCCACUAUCCUUGGAUCACAGCACUCCUGGAAAAUCUACAGAUACAGAAUAAGGUGAAUAAUCUGAUUAUUUUUUUCCUGCAGAUAUUCUGGUUUUUCCAUACAUGUUUUUCAUAGGAUAUAAAUCCAAUUUGUAUGUGCAAAAAAAUUUUGAAAGAUCCAUGUCUGCCUGUGUCUGUGAGCUGUUCUGGGGAGGACUGGGUCGUGGGAGGCAGCACUGCCAGCUUCAGCCUCACUGAGCACAUUUCUGACAGGCCACCACAGCACAUAUGGAAAAAAUCAAGCAGCACUGAAGUAUUACAGAAAGCACUAAAAAUCUGCUGGGUUUUCUGUUAUAAUUUUUAAUUUUGUCCUUUAAAGAGAAAAGCAAACAAGUUCAGCUGAUGGGUUUGCUAUUCAAAAGGUUGAUUUUAUGGUGUUCUGCCUUUUAGAGAAUUCAGGCAAUUCCCGUUCGAACUGAAAUGUCAGCGUUUUGUCACUGCAUAUGUUGUUGCAUAGAGCCAUAACGGGGUAAAAAAGCGGGAGAGGAGCUCUCUGCACCAGCGUGGCAGCUCUGAGAAUGCCAGGAAUGGCCCUGAGGGAUCCCAAGCCAUGGGAAAGGGCUGGUAAAAAGUUCUCGUUUCCCUUGCAGCAGGAAGUGCCCGGGCGUAGCAUGAGCGGCCCUGGCCCCGAGGGCCAUGCCCUUCUCCAACAGCUCUGAGCUCAGCCCGUCCUUCAUCCUGGCCAGCCUGCCGGGGCUGGAGGCGGCGCAGUCCUGGAUGGCCAUCCCGCUGUGCUCGGCCUACGUGCUGGCGGUGCUGGGCAACGGCGCCGUGCUGCUGGUGGUGCGCGCCGAGCCCAGCCUGCACGCGCCCAUGUACUUCUUCCUCUGCAUGCUGGCCGCCAUCGACCUGGCGCUGGCCACGGCCACCGUGCCGCGCAUCCUCUGCUUCUACUGGUUCGGCAGCCGGGAGAUCAGCUUCGCCGCCUGCCUGCUCCAGAUGUUCCUCAUCCACACGCUCUCGGCCGUCGAGUCCACCGUGCUGCUGGCCAUGGCCGUGGACCGCUACGUGGCCAUCUGCCACCCGCUGCGGCACGCCGCCAUCCUCACCAACGGCGCCACGGCCAAAAUCGGGCUGCUGGCCGUGGCCAGGGGCGUGCUCUUCUUCCUGCCGCUGCCCCUGCUCCUCCUGCCCCUGCCCUUCUGCGGCCCCCGCGUGCUGUCCCACUCCUUCUGCCUGCACCAGGACGUGAUGAACCUGGCCUGCGCCAACACCACCCCCAGCGUGGUGUACGGGCUCACCGCCAUCCUGCUGGUCAUGGGGCUGGACGCCGUCCUCAUCUGCCUCUCCUACCUGCUCAUCCUGAAGGCCGUCCUGCGCCUCGCGGCCUGGAGGGAGCGGCUCAAGGUGUUCAGCACCUGCAUCGCCCACAUCUGCGUGGUGCUGGCCUUCUACGUGCCCCUGAUCGGGCUGUCCGUGGUGCACAGGUUUGGGAAGGACCUGGCUCCGCUGGUCCACAUCAUCAUGGGCAACAUCUACAUCCUGGUGCCCGCCGUGCUCAACCCCAUCAUCUACGGGGUGAGGACCAAGCAGAUCCAGAGGAGGAUCCUGAGUUUGAUUCACGUCACUGACAGGGCUCCCCGGUGACCUGAGCUCGGCCGCUGCCCCGUGUCCUCACUCUGGCACACCUUGUUCUACGCUCAGAGCCUUUGGUGCCAGACUGUCCUCUCCGUGUGCUCUGAGGUGCUGCCACCAGGCAAAAGCUGAUUGUAAACUCCUCCAGAGAGUAUUUACCCUCACCAAACUCAGAGAGAAAUGACUGCAAUGAUCGAAAUCCAAGCCCACCCUGGCAGGUUCCACAAGAAGGGAAAAGCGACUCAGCAAAUUUACACAGAUGUCCCAACAUUGCACCUCUUGGCUCCCGUCUCACCUCUAACAGCAGCAGAGCAGAGAAAAUGCUGGGUGGUUUGAGAUGAUUUAGUUAAUUCAUUGUUUUUCACAUGGGGCACAGACACAUUCCAGAAGUUUUGCCAGAAAAUUUGCACGUAGCACCCUUCUUUAAGUAAAAUAAUUACAGGACACCUGUCCGAAGUGCCAUUACAGAUGCAGAAAUGCAUUUCAGAGAAAGAACAUCCCCCUCUCUGGUCUUGUUCUGACCUCUUGUGUGCUCUGUCAAAACCCCUCAACCUCCUCAUAGCAGAUGCUGUGUAAAAAUUCAGACUCAGAGUAAGUGGUAGCAAUUGUAAAAAUGAUUUAAAUUAGUAAUUGUAUUCAUUAAAAUGAAAAUAUCUCAAGGGAAAAAAAUAAGCAAGUAAUAAAUGUCAGUGAUGACUCCAAGCUGAAGGAAGUUUCGUUUCCAAGCUGAAGGAAGUUUCGUUUCCAAGCCAAAGGUGUUCCACACUGGGAAUCCCUAAAACGUCCUGUCCCCAGCACCACUGACCAGAGUCUGACACCAUCCUCUGGCACGCCUUGGGGAGACGUGCAUGGAUUGAUGGGAACCCCUCUCAGUGUUCUCGUUAUCCUGAGCUGUGUUUCACACUCAAGGGGAAAUCAGGGAUGUUCCCACUGCACGGAGAUCCCUGAGGGAGCGGUGCCGGGGCUGAGCUCCCGUUUGUCACCGUGGGUUUUGCUGCCCCAGGGUGGCACAAGGCCCUGCCCAGACCGUUCUGGGGGAGUGCAGCAGCACUGGUCUGAUCUGCACUCCAGCAGGAGGCCCAGGUGCUCUCAAACCCCAGUGUCUCCAUUAGGAUCCCAGAACCCCAAAUCCUGGGGCUGGAAAAGCCCUCCCAGCCCAGGGAGUCCCAGCUGGGCCCAUGCCCACCUUGUCCCCAGCCCAGAGCACUCAGUGCCACCUCCAGGGGACACCUGCAGGGAUGGGCACUCCAAAGCUCCCUGGGCAGCCCCUGCCAGGGCCUGAGCCCCCUUUCCAUGGGGAAAUUGCUGCUGCUGUCCCAGCUGAGCCUGCCCUGGCUCAGCCCCUUCCCAGCUCCCUCAGGAAUUCUCCAGCCCCUUCCCAGCUCCCUCAGCCCCUCCUCAGGGACCGACUCUCUAGGACAGGGGCAGGUCCCAGAGCUCAGGGACUCUUGUCUGUGACUUUAGAAGGGAGAUCUCACCAAAGGCUCUCUCGCGGGCCCUCAGUGCUGCAAUGUUUGGUGGAGUUUGGUGCAGUUUCUUCCCUGUUCCGAUGAAUGCUGAGAGUAAAAUAAAACCUAAUUUUUGUAGUCCGUGCUGGUCCAAAUUCACUCUUGGUAUAACCUUUUCUGCUAAAUUCAACCCCAAUUUAUUUCAAAAUAAAUUCUUUCAUUUAGGCAAGUUACAAAUGGUUCUCAUCUGGGACUUCAAGGCAAUUCUGUCCCUGUCAUUUUUGGCAUAUUCUGGUUUAAUAGAGCUUAGAAGGGUAAAAAAAAAAAUCAUAAAAAUGAAAACAAUCUGUACCUGUCUAAUGUGAUUUGGGAAAUGUGAAUGAGUUUUUCGGAGGCAUUAUGGGUCUAAACCCUUUUCAGGUGGCCAUGGCAUUGAGAAAUGGCUCCUGCUCAUUCCCCAUAUGUUCCUGUUUUUUCCUCUUGUGCUGAGAAAAAAAAAUAAUAAAGAAAAAUGAAUGAA